AUGACUUCAAACGCUACUUUCUCGAUGACAAAGAAAGAAAGUUCCGCCAGUUCAAGAAUUAGGAUCAACGUAAGCGGAACAAUGUUUGAAACUUUAGAAGAAACUUUGUCGAGGUACCCAGACACUCUUUUAGGAUGUCCAAAGAAGCGUGUUCAAUAUUUUGAUAAAAGAAAUGACGAAUACUUUUUCAACCGAAACAGACUGGCUUUCGAUGCGAUUCUGUUUUAUUAUCAGUCGUAUGGGAGACUAGUUAGACCCGACAUGGUGCCUGAGAAUGUUUUUAUCGAUGAGGUACGUUUCUUCCAAAUUCGAAGCUCUUACACUUCUACUCGAGAUAAAAUCGAGCGUGCUCUUUUAGGAAAAGACGAGGAUUUACCACAAAACCUCAUACAACGUAAGAUAUGGCUGUUGUUUUCACAUCCCGAAUCAUCAUACGCAGCAAGAGUUCUGGCAGUUUUAUCUGUUAUUAUCAUUCUUCUUUCGGUCGUUAUACCAUGUUUUGAGUCGUCAUCUGGGGGCAUCAACUCUAUAAACAACAAUAGGAGCACGUUUUUCUCGUCUUUGGAGAUGGCCUGUUAUAUUUGGUUUACCUUCGAGUUAGUGGUUCGUUUUUGCAGCGCACCUCAUAAACUGCGGUUUUUUCGCUCAAUGCUUAACAUUGUUGACAUAAUCAGCGUCGUUCCGUACUAUGUUCUUCUAACAAUGCAAAACACUCGUGCACCGUUAUCGGUGCUGCGCGCGGCAAGAAUGCUGCGUGUUUUACGGAUAUUCAAACUUUCCCGCUACUCCAGUGGUAUGCGGAUAUUGAUAUUUACGUUUUAUACGAGUAUGAAAGAGUUGGGAAUGUUUUUUAUCUUCAUCUCCAUCAGUGUCGUGGUAUCAUCGAGCGCAGCGUACUACGCCGAGACUGGUUGCGAAAAAUGCGCUUUUACGAGCAUCCCUGACGCGUUUUGGUGGGCGGUAAACACGAUUACAACGGUGGGUUACGGCGAUCAGUACCCGCUGACAGCCUCUGGUAAAAUGGUGGGUUGUCUGCUGACCGUGUUUGGUGUUUUAAUCAUUGCUCUUCCAGUUUUCCUCUUUGUCGCAAACUUCAACAAAGUUAUGAACGCCAACAUGGCGGCAAUUGACCGCUCUGGAGAAAAAGAACGCUGA